ACAAAGGGGCUCCAUUUAGUGAGUCUUUCCCUGGCGGCAACACUCUCCACAUCCCCACCCUUUUCCAGCUCCAUGAUGGUCCUGCUGCCUCCUGAGGCCCCCUGGAUAGCGGCUCUGACAGUGUUACUUAUGGUGCUGAGCAAUCCCGUGGUCCAGGGCAGAGUCACUCCAGAGAAUUACCUGUAUCAGACACGGGACGACUGCUACGCGUUUAACGGGACGCAGCGCUACGUGUACAGAGACAUCUACAACCUGGAGGAGAUCGUGCGCUUCGACAGCGACGUGGGGGAGUUCGUGGCGCUGACCCCGCUGGGGCGGCCGGACGCCGAGUACUGGAACAGCCAGAAGGACGUCCUGGAUGAUGCGCGGGCCGCGGUGGACACGCUGUGCAGAUACAACUACGAGCUGGACGAGGGCUUCACCCUGAAGCGCCGAGUCCAACCUAAAGUGAACAUCUCCCCCUCCAAGAAGGGGCCCCUGCAGCACCACAACCUGCUUGUCUGCCACGUGACAGAUUUCUAUCCAGGCAGCAUUGAAAUCCGGUGGUUCCGGAAUGGACAGGAGGAAACAGCUGGGAUUGUGUCCACUGACCUGAUCCGUAAUGGAGACUGGACUUUCCAGAUCCUGGUGAUGCUGGAAAUGACCCCCCAGCAGGGCGACGUCUACACCUGCCACGUGGAACACCCCAGUCUGGACAGUCCUGUCACCGUGGAGUGGAAGGCGCAGUCUCAUUCUGCCAAAAACAAAAUGCUGACGGGAGUCGGGGGCUUUGUGCUGGGAUUCAUCAUCCUUGGAGUGGGUGUCUUCAUGCAUAAGAGAAGCAAGAAAGUUCAACAAGGACUUCGAUAAAACAGGGUUCGUGAUCUGACCUGAAAGACUAUGUGUGCCUCAGAACAAGUAUCUGUCUGUUUCUUUAGCCCCAGAAGGCUGAUUCUGGGACAGACCCUCAGCUUCCCAAGAGAAUGUUAAUGAAAUGUAAUUUAUCUCAACCAGUUUCUGUAGCCCUGCUCUCUGAUUCUAUGCACAGCCUCUUUCAUGGGGCCUUCAGCCAUGUUCACCGGUCCUUAACGCCAUAAAUAAUCAAAAUCCAAUGUUAUUCUCUGUUUUCUUGUAAGAGUAUGUACCCUGUCGAUUUUGCCAUUGUUUUUGCUUGAGGGUUUCGAUAAAGAGUAGGUGUUAAUGAAGAAGUUACUGUUGUUUACACUUAAGUAAAAAGAAAAAUGUGAAAAUGAGGAUGUCUUAAUUAUUUGAGACAAUGGCCAGUUGAAAGUGGACCUCCUCUGAAUUUGUUGUAUUUCAUUGUGCUUCCCCACAUUCGCAUGGUGUACUUCCCUUCUAGUAGGUCUGAGAACAUCAUCCUUAGUUAUUCAAGGAUGAGCAGACUCUGAAUUCUGGGGUUAUAGAACCCAUGUUCACAUAGCACUGAUUCAACAUAUAAUUCUUUAUGAGUAUGUUAUACCAUUUUACUAGUAAUAAAUUAAUAUCAGAAUUUAAGAAUAUAAUGUAAUAAACGUUAAUCCCUCUCUUUGAAAAAAAAAAAAAAAAGACCACAAUAAA